GGCGACGUCGUAUAUAGCCGGCUGUUUGGUCAAGAUAACAUCGUUAUCAACUCUGAGAAAAUUACAAGAGACCGCCUCGAACAUAGGUCACAUAACUACUCUGACCAACCAGAGAUCGCAACCAAUGAACUAUUUGGUGUUGACUACAAUACCGCAUUCAUGCGAUAUGGUGGCAGAUGGCGGCUUCAGCGGAAAUUUCUUUACCAGUCUUUCCGGGAAGGUGUAGUAGACAAUUUUUGGUCCAUGCAAGUAACAAAAAGUCAUGAACUCUUAUUGAACCUCCUGGAGGAUUCUUUGGACUACCCGAAACAUAUUGAUGUGCAUUCAGGUUCAGUUAUCAUGUCUGCUGUGUACUCAUAC